AUGCUGACGUCAUCGAUACGGGCGUGCGCCAGCGGGGAGCAGCUGGAGUUUGAGGCGCAGGCGCUGGUGGGGCGGUGGCUUGCGGAGGCCAGCCCCAGCAUACCCCCCCAAGUGGUCAAGCGGAUUCUGCCGCGUCUCCGGGGCCGCCUCAGCCGCCGGCGCGUGCGCGCCCACCUGCACCGCCUCAAGGAGAUCACCGAAUGGGUGCCCAAGCGCCUGGACCCCAUGGGUCUCUACUUCUGGAAGCGCCCCUGGCGCAACGUGCUGCUGCUGUGGGUGCUGUCACACGUCUGCCUGCACCCCGCGGAGUGGCUCUUCAGCGUCACCGCGGUGAUGGCUGUGUGGAUGCUGCGGCUGGCCUUCUUGCAGGUUCACGCAGGCAUCGUGGGGUUCGAGGUGGCCUGCCCCCUCGAUGAGGACGAUGAGGAGGAGGAGGAAGAGGAGUUCGCCAGCGGCGACUCGGUGGGGGAUCUGUCGAAGGCGCUGUCUGGGCAGAGAAAGGCGGCCAGCAGCAUGGAGGCGAAGGAGAGCUACCGCCGAGCAGCACUCAUGCUGCGGGAGCAGCUCCGCGGCGGCCCGAAGGACCCCCACGCCGCCGCCCUCGACGCCGCCGCGUCCCCCCAAAGCUCAGCCGCGGCCGCGCGCCGCGGCGCCACCGAGGGUGGUGGUGGCGGCGCCGCCAGCGGCCGCCGCCGCAAGGCUCAGGAGGAGAUGACGCUGGAGGCGCUGCAGCGGCAGCUGCAGGACGGGGACCUGGACCUGUCGGCGAUCGAGGGGCUGCUGGACCAGAUGACGUCACUCAGCGGGCUGAUGAGGCUGCUCAAGACCCACAGCAGCCACAUGCGGCAGGCGCGCGGGCGCUUGGGGUGGCUCUCCAAAGUGUUGACAAGCUACGCCCUGCUGGCCCAGAACAUCCUCGAUGACGUCACCACGACCGCGGAGGCCCUCUACUCGAUGGCCAGCGGCAAGGACCUCGUCGCGUGCGCCUGGCUGUACGCGGGGCUGCUCUCCGCGUUCGCGUUCUGCUGGUGGGCCGGCCUCGGCUGGGGCGCGUUUGUGGCGAUCUGCUACAUCCUGCGGCCGCCCUUCCUGAGGGGGGUGCCCGGGGUGAUGGGGUUCCGCGCGUUCUACUCAAACCUGCCGGCACGCAGCGCCGACGACUUCAUGUGA